AUGUCGAUUCUGAAGCAGCACAUCCCGGUGGCCGCCUCGGGACCGCGCGAGGUGCUUGCGCGCAUCACCGCUGAGCAGAUGGUGGCACUCGAGGCGGCAAUUAAAGAGGAGCAUAUGGCACGGUGGAAUCCGGCAAUCUGCCAGGUGCGGAAGCCAAGGAAGAAGGAAGGCGAGGUGGGCUUUGCCGCCGCAGUGCUGGAGCGCAUAACCAAGCAGUGGCCCGACCUGCACAGUUGGUUGCUGAGCACAGAUGUCGACCUCAUCAAGAAACACAUCUGGAAGGAGACCAAAGGAAAGUGCCCGCAUGAGGUCACGGCCGCGGCACAGGCAAAUGAGGCAGCGCAGCAGCAGGCAGCAACAGAGGAGGCAGCGGCAACAGUGCUGAACCGUAUCCCCAACGCAGCAGGGGCAACGUGGGAGCAGCUGAAGGAGUUCAUGACGGUUGUUGAUGCCGACAUCAGCACUGGCAAUGUGGGAGAGUGGAAGGGACAUGAUGGCUUGCCUGCGACACGCAUCAUCAACCGGUGCGGCUCUUGGAAGCUGCAGCAGCAGCUCACGCAAGCCCAGCAGAAGGAAAUUGUUCAGUUUGAAACUAGGUGCCGCAUGAACUUCUUUUAG